UUCCCAGCCUGUUUCCCUGAGCUCCUCUGCCUCCACUCCUGGAGGGGCUCCAAAGGGCUGGCCUGCAGAGUGGGGUCCGGUAAACAAAGUGGACACUGACUACCCAGGACACGAGAGACCUGAGCCCCCUCCAGCCCUGCUCAGAGAUGCUGGAGGGCCCGCCCCUGCUGCUGGUCGCUGUCUCCCUGGGCCUGGUGUUGCUGCUGCUGGUGCUGCCGGUCCUGCGCCGCUGCGGCAUCGUCUUCCUUGGCUGGAACGAGCUAUUCCUGCACCCCAUCUGCAACCUCCUGAUGGGCGACAGUAAGGAGCAGCGCAUCCUGCAUUACGUACAGCAACAUGCGGUGGCCGGCGACCCGCAGAGCGUGGUCCGCGCCAUCGACACCUACUGCUUGACCAAGGAGUGGGCCAUGAACGUGGGCGACAAGAAAGGCCAGAUCGUGGACGCCGUGGUGCAGGAGCUGCGCCCCUCCGUGCUGCUGGAGCUGGGGGCCUAUGUGGGCUACUCGGCCGUGCGUAUGGCCCGCCUGCUGCUGCCCGGCGCCCGGCUGCUCACCAUCGAGCUUAACCCCGACUACGCCGCCAUCACCCAGCAGAUGCUGGACUUCGCAGGCCUACAGGACAGGGUGACAUUGGUCGUCGGGGCAUCCCAAGAUAUCAUCCCCCAGCUGAAGAAGAAAUAUGACGUGGACACGCUGGACAUGGUCUUCCUUGACCACUGGAAGGACCGGUACCUCCCAGACAUGCUCCUUCUAGAGGAGUGUGGCCUGUUGCGGAAGGGGACUGUGUUGCUGGCUGACAAUGUCAUCUGCCCAGGAACACCGGAAUUCCUGGCAUAUGUGCGCGGGAACAGCCGCUUCGAGUGCACACACUUCAGCUCGUACCUGGAGUACUCGCAGGUGGUGGACGGCCUGGAGAAGGUGGUCUACAAGGGCCCAGGCAGCCCUUCGAGGCCUGCUCCGGCCCCCUAGUCGAGCCUGGUUCUAAAGGGUGCGGUGGGCCCGCGCCUGCCAACCUGCUCCUGCAGCUUGGGGCCCUCAGUGCAGCACCCUUGAGGCCUCUGCACAGCAGCCGCAGGCCGUCCCUUGCUGGUCCGCCCCUAGGGCAACCAGCUCACCAUGCAAAGUCACUGCAAUAAAUCUGCAAAGUAUCUGCUUGCAAAGACCAGACCACGGCAAGUGGUGUCCCUCACAGUGUCACCCACCAGCAUUCUGACAGGGCUUCUUACACGGGCAGGUCCUCCGCCAUCAAAAUGGCCAGCAGACACAGGAAGCGGGGGACCCACACAGCCUGUCCUUGAGGUCUGCUGUCACUAGGUGGCAGCAACACCUCAGUGAUGCACUCUAACCAGCAACUCUCACCAUGCUUCUGACCCCUAAGUUCUUUCACCUCCUUUGUAAGAAUGAAACGCAACUUCUUUACUAAAAUCUACUGCUAACAAUCUUAUACACCAGCAUCAUGUUGAGAAGAUAAUGAAACACAAAUUAAAGGUCUCAAAGUUUAGACAAGA